AUGAAAAGAUGCACAACCAUACGAAUAUAUGCUAAUAUAUCAUUGAAUAAAUAUAACUGGGGUGAGAAGGCCAAGAGAAGAAAGACCACCGGUACCGGUCGCAUGCGUCACAUGAAGGAAGUUCCAAGAAGAUUCAAGAAUGGAUUCCAAACCGGUGUACCAAAGGGAGCUAGAGGACCAGCCACUAAAUCCGAGUAA